UUUUUGAGCAUAUAUCAAAUAUAAAUAUAACCUAAUAAUACAUAUAAUGAUUACCGUAGUAAAUAUAUUUAAUUUAUUUCCAAAUUUAUUAAAAAAUUAAACAUAAUAUCAAAUUAAAAGUAAAACAAAAAAAAAACUUACAGCCUACAACAAUUAAAAUGAAUAGUAGCAGAAUAUGAAUUGGAUAUAAAAAAAGGAUUAACUAUAAAAGGAUGAUAAUUAAAAUUAAAGAUCAAGAUUCCUGACAAUAGAAAAUCAAAAUCUCUUAAAUUUAUAAUGAUAAACUAAAAUGAAGAAUUGUUUCAAAAAAAAGUAAAAUUUUAUAUUAUCAACUUAUAAGCAAAAUGUAAAUUUUAUCAUUCUAUUAUAUAUUUAUAUAUAUAUAUAUAUAUAUAUAAGAUUCUUUAUUUUUAAAUGUUAUUUAAAUUAAAUUUUAUUAUUACAUAUGAAAUUUAAUUAUUAAACAUAUACAUGUUUCUACUUUUUAGAUUUUUAUUAUCAUUUUCUAUUAUUAGCUUAUUAUUUAUUAUUUUGAUAAUAUAAUUAUAAAAAAUAUAAUUUAUUAAAUUAAAUCCUUAAUUAUUUCUGUCAUUUUAAAAAGAAAUUAAAAUUAUAACUAAAAAUAAUGAUAAUUCAUUCAGUUGAUAAUAAUGAAAAACAUUUACAUAAUGAUGAAUCAUUAAAAUCAUUAAAAUAUAAAAUAGGAAAUAAUAUAUGUACAUUCGUAUUUUAUAUAUUCGUACACAUAGACAUUAAUAGAUUAUUGAAUAUUUAUUAUAGAUAAGUAGAAAUUCAAAAUAUUUAUAUGUAGUAAUUAUAUCUUUAUAACAUGUAUUUAAAAAAAUAAUCAUAAAAAGCGGAUCAAGGUAAUGGCUUGAUCUUAUAUGAUUGGAUAAUAUUUGACUUAGAAACAGUAAAUUAUUUGCUCGGAUAGUGUGCAGAACGUUCGUGAGGAAUAACUUAAAAAAUAAAAAUAUUUAUUGAAAAGAAAAUUUUUAAGGAAUAUUAUGGGUAAAUAUUUUAUGAAAAAUGUUAUCAAUUUUUUUUUUAUCCAUCAUUUUCGAUUUAUUAUCAUUUUUUUUUUCUCUCUAACAAAUUUCUUGCGUAACACAAUAACCCUCAUUCUGAUUGAUAUCAUAAAAGCUUUAUGCUAAGUUACACAUCUCCCUUAAAGAAUAUUGAUUUACAAUAAAAAAAAAUAUGUGCUUUUAAUAAAUUUAAUCGAAGCGGGUGAAACGGUUCAGGAGGUUUAUUGUUUGACCACUAGAUAGCGGGAUAACCUUGAUCGACACACAGUUUUGUUUAGAUUUGUAGAAGUGUAGUUAGUACUAUUUCGCACACAAUCAAACAUCUUGAAAAGCUGGGCAUGAAGUAACCAAUAAGCGAUUUGCCAGUCUAAUCGUUCCAACGUCAUUGCAUAACUCGUGUUGCUUUUUAAACCAAUUAUUUAAUGCGCUGCGUGCAAUGAUUUUGCACUUGGAGACAUUUUCCGAUCGAUGUCACGCGUGUGUAAUGACGCCGACCGAAAAUGCGAAUGGGCGUAAUAACGCCGGCAAGUUCUGCAAAUUGGAUAUACGUCAGAACUAACCUAAGAAAAAAGUUCAUUGUGUUGUUCUAACAAGAUAAAUAUUAUUAUAAGACAGUAUGAAUCGCUAUUCAAUCUUAUUUCAUCGAAUUUCGAUUUCGAUAUGUUUGACGUUGUUGCUCUCGUGUACAACGUCCGUAAUAAUUUACGUAUAGGUUAACUUACAGCGUCCAUAGACGUUUACAAUCUGUCAUUUAAAUUCGACAUUUUUUAAAUCGUAAUGUAAUAUAUAAAUAUAAAUAUAGAGCUGACGUUUUAUUAAAAAUAAUACGUCCUUAGCCAUGUAUUUUAUAAUAAGCACAAUUCUUGAAACGUUCCUGUUAACCAAUGUUGAAUCAUGCAAAUUUGAAGCAAUUUUUAAGAAUGAAUUCAAUUUCAUUUUGGAAUAAUUUUUGAAUUUGUGUAUUUAUACAAUUAAAAUAAUAACAGAUUUAUUAUAAUGCAUUUAUGAUUAAAUGCCAUGUAUUCUAUAUGUGAAGAAUAAUGUUUAAAAUUAGUGUAUAUUGGUGUAUAACCUGAUUGCAUUAAAAAUGCAAGCCAAGAAGCGCUAUUUAUUAUUAUUUGUAACAUGUGCGUUUCUUGGUUAUUGUUAUUUUGGUGGUUAUCGAUUAAAAAGUGAAAAGUGGACAGGCAGAUCUCAGUUGCCUUAUGAGCGAUUGCCUUCAUAUUUAAGUCUAAAUGAAGAAUUCUAUGACAAGGAUUUGAGAACAUCAAAUGGAAACCCAAUUAUGUCUCAACGUACAAAACAAUGCCGUAUGGAGACUUGUUUUGACUUUACCAAAUGCAAGCAAGGUUUUACAGUAUAUGUGUAUCCAAUUGAAGAUGUGAUAAGUCCACUAUACCAAAAAAUAUUGAAUGUUAUUACAGAAUCAAGAUAUUAUACAUCAGAUCCUACUCGAGCAUGUAUAUUUGUAUUAGCUCUUGAUACAUUGGAUAGAGAUCCAUUAUCGACAGAAUUUGUGCAUAAUCUUCCUUCAAAAUUAAUGCGUUUACCAUAUUGGAACAAUGGCAGAAAUCAUUUGAUAUUUAAUUUGUAUUCUGGAACAUGGCCUGAUUAUGCAGAAGAAUCUUUAGCCUUUGAUUUAGGAUAUGCUAUGCUUGCAAAGGCCAGCAUGUCUAUUUUUAGACAUAGACCUGAAUUUGAUAUAUCUAUUCCAUUGUUUGGAAAACAACAUCCAGAACGUGGUGGAGAACCAGGACAAGCUUUAGAAAAUAAUUUUCCUAAUAAUAAAAAAUACAUUGCAGCUUUCAAGGGUAAAAGAUACGUCCAUGGUAUAGGUUCUGAAACUAGAAAUGCCCUUUAUCAUUUACAUAAUGGCAAGGAUUUAGUGUUUGUUACAACUUGCCGUCAUGGUAAAGCAUGGAGAGAGUUACAAGAUGAACAUUGCCAACAAGAUAAUCAAGAAUAUGAUAUGUAUGAUUAUGAAAUUUUGUUAAUGAAUGCUACUUUUUGUCUUGUACCAAGAGGAAGAAGACUUGGUAGUUUUCGAUUUUUAGAAGCUUUAAGAGCUGGAUGCAUUCCAGUUAUUUUAAGUAAUGGUUGGGCACUUCCUUUUCACGAACGAAUUGAUUGGACACAAGCUGUUAUAUUUUCUGAUGAAAGACUGUUACUUCAAAUUCCAGAUAUAGUGCGGUCUGUGUCCAAUGUGCAUAUUCUUAAAUUACGGCAACAAACACAAUUCCUUUGGGAACGGUAUUUUUCGUCGAUAGAAAAAAUUGUAUUUACAGUAUUUGAGAAUAUUCGCGAACGUUUACCUUGGGAAGGUACAAGAGAAAAGCUUGUUUGGAAUACUAAUCCUGGAGCAUUAGCAAUAUUACCACAAUUUGCCGAUAGUCAACAAGAACUUCCAUUUUCAAAAAGUAAUCCAGGUAAUACCUUCACUGCCAUCAUCUAUUCGCAGUUAGGAUCUACUGCUGUCUUAUAUCGGCUGCUUAAGAGUCUCGCGAAAAGUAAAUAUCUAGAUAAGAUUAUUCUUAUGUGGAACUCGGAUAUUCCAUUACCAAGAAGACCACGAUGGCAAGGGAUCAAAGCAUCAAUACAUGUUGUCACAGUUGAUGGUAUAUCUCAACGUUUUUAUCCUCAUCCAUUAAUCAAAACUAGUGCCAUAUUAUCUCUAGACGAAGAUGCCACACUCAAUACAGAUGAAAUUGAUUUUGCCUUUACGGUAUGGAAAUCGUUCCCUGAUCGAAUAGUUGGUUAUCCAGCAAGAUCACAUUAUUGGGAUGAUUCAAAACGUUCAUGGGGUUAUACAAGUAAAUGGACAAAUGAUUAUAGUAUAAUUCUAACUGGUGCCGCCUUUUAUCAUCGUUAUUAUAAUACAUUGUAUACCGAAUUACUGAGUUCGACGCUUCACAAGACUGUCGAGCAAUCUCAAAAUUGCGAGGAUAUACUUAUGAAUUUUUUAGUAAGUCAUGUAACGCGAAGACCACCUAUCAAAGUAACUCAACGGAAGUUGUAUAAAGAUACCACAGUGGCAGGAAUCAGAUCUCCAUGGAAUGACCCAGAUCACUUUAUACAACGACAAACGUGUAUGAAUACGUUUGUAGCCGUUUUCGGGUACAUGCCAUUGUUACGAUCUAAUAUGAGGCUUGACCCUGUUUUGUUCAAAGACUCUGUAAGCAACUUGCGCAAAAAAUAUAGGCAAAUUGAAUUAGUUAGUAAUUAGAAUUAUACAAGAUAUUUUAUCAGUUAUAAAAUUAUUUACUCUCGAAACGGGCAUCCUAUAUAUAUAUAUAUAUAUGUAUAUAUAUGUAUAUGUUAUAUAUAUAUAUAUAUAUAUAUAGCCUCGAAUAUUUCUAUUAAAUAGUGGCGCAUAUUGCUAAUUACAGCCGCGUGUGCGCGCUAGAGGCUAUUCCAAAUGUAUAGGAAACAUUUACUUCGUUGUAAGUAAAAAACCAUUGUAUUAUAGUGGUUAUCAAGCAAAUCAAGAAGGUCUUUCAUUCUUGAGGAAUAGCGAUUCUCUGCGCUUUUAUAUAUUCGCAAAAAUGAAUUUUUGUACAAAGUAUGGGAUAUCUUGUAAUAUUGUUUGAAUCUAAAUCGAGCCACGGUAUACAACCGUUGUUGUAUAUAUAACCGUGUUCAAUUGAUGUACAUACGAAUCGUUUCAUAGUUACUAAUAAAACGAAAAAAACAAAAAAAAAACAAAAAAACAAAAAAAAAGAAACGAACAUUAUUCGACAAAUUCUUCGACUUUUAAAACCGGCCUUUGGAAGCUACAUACGAUGUAUUCUAAUUAUAGUCAAUUGAAAUCGCUCGAAACCAAAUUUAUCAAACGCUUACUUUUCUCUAAUCGUUGAAACAAUAAUUAUCGUGCAGAUAAUAUUUUAUAUAAAUCAAACAAAAUAUGUAGCUAUGUCCGGAUUACGUCUUGAUUAGUAGCCUCAGGGAUGGAUCUAUUUAACGCGAGAACUGAAAUACAGCUUACGACUUGGUGGACUAUCUGAGAGCUAUUGAUAUAAAUAUAAUUUUUUAUAUUUAAAUUUUUAUAAUCCAAUAACAAUAAUUAAUAAACUCUAUCGAUCUUGCUCGAUGUUUUUAAAAAAAAAAAUGAAUGUUUACCUCUGUUCAACGUUCAUUGUUGCAAUAAGUGUAAGUUUAUGUAUAAAACAUUUCAUUCGUUUUUUCAAUGUACACACCCAACAUUGUAUGUUCGUAGUUUCUCUAUGUAUUCUAGGCACAGAUUAUUCGUAAUGAAAUAUGUAGAAAGUAUUUCAAGAUUUUGCGUAUUGUUGUACAUGUAUACGUAUAUUACGUAUUUUUGUUUUGUUCGUCUCGAAUACGUAUAUGUAUAGUUCGAUCGCUCUCAGGAGAUCUUUAAAAGGAAGUAAGAAAUUACUUGUGACAAUAUCGCAAGUAUGUCUAGUCGUUUACGUUCAUUUAUAUCGAUACAUCCAAGGGAAAAGUACAUGAUCCACGUAGCUAAACUGGAUGCCAGAUAGAUUUGUGUUUUCACGGUGUAAGGAAUGAAAAUGAUGUACAUAUAUAUGUGAUAUGUUCAUAAUUAUCAUGUGAUAUAUUCGUAAUUAUCGGAUACAGGAUUAAAAAGGACUGUGUAAUUCCACCAAUGGCAUUUCUUUAUCGCGAUAAUGUUAUAAUAUAUGUUACUGGAAAUGUUAUAUUUUUUAUCGUAUUGCUGAUUUUAAUGCUCGAAGGGUCAGCAGGAAUAAAGGAUUCUUUUUAAUAAAUAUUUUCUUAUUCGUUCUAUUUUUUAUUCGAUAUAAUAUAAGAAGCGAUCUUUUUCUUUUUCUUUACUUAUUUAUCGUCAUAAAUAAAAUCUGGUUCUUCUUUCCUGCAUACUCUUCACCAUAUAAAUUUAAUUAGAUACGGGACUGUGCAAAAUGGUCGCUUUCGUUCGGUAAACAAAGUUAUCCGCAUUUGUUACAGUAUCAAACAUAUUAAAUUCUAACAGAAGGCUAUUUUAAAGUUAA